AAAAAAAAAUGACAAAGUGGUGGUUUGCUUUGGCCCCAAUUUUUGUGCGACCAAAUUUUGUUUGCUUGCCCUCUCCUACGGAACAUUUUCUGCACAGGCUAGUGCCGGUGGGUCAAGAAAUCAGGCCAGUAGCAAGACGACAAUGAUUGGGUUGGAAAGUCGGGAAAGAAGUGAGGGUGAGGAAGCUAAUGGAGAGGUUCGAGUUAACAGGCCAGACCCCUCUCUCCCCGUGGGCUUAGAUUUCGUCUGAACACCUUGUCGUCCCUUUCUGUAACGUAUAUUAUCAGUUUGUGUCAACUUGUCUGGAAUGUCGUUCGCCGAAUAUUUGCCAAAAAAAAAAAAUGAUUUCAGUUUCCCAACGAAGUUAUUAACAAAGUUUGCAAGGCUCAGAGCAUCUAUUACUAUCCUGGAGAGGGUGCAAACUAUAAGGUAGUUGAUUAAUUCCAGAUUUUCCACUUGUUGAACCCUCAGCACCUACAUAUGGUGUUUAGAGUUUAGUUUAGGGGUUGUCAUGAGUGAAUUGCAAUCCAUUCGGCUGUGUCUAUUUCAUUUGAGUUGCCUUAUCUUUUGAAAGGCAAUUACUGACCGACCUGACCGAUGUCAUCUCCGAUCUUUAACAAGAACCCAUUCCUGUGUUAGUUGAAACUCCUUGGGUUGCGGGGCAAUGCGAAGUGGACGAGGGUCAGUGUUCAGAGAUCUUCAGAUAUCCCGGAACUGAAUUUUCUUGGCUUCCUGUCCUCGAAAGAAAAGUUGAACGUCUCCAAAGAUCUGCAAUCCCCUGAGCGGAACUAAAAUCUAGUAGAAAUGGCGGCAACUGCAAAUGAAAGGGCCUUGGGUCCGAGACAGGCCCAAUAUACGGGAACUUUGAAAAAUCUCAAUCAAAAUGGCGGACGUCGAUGAUAGAGGUUCGGUCGGCGACGAAGAAGGAGGCAAAGAUCUCUGGUCGGCGAUUUUGAGUGACGUUUCAAGUUCAGCAAGCCGAAAACUUCCAUCCAACAAGUCGAUAGUACUGCUAGGAUACGAUGGUUCAGGGAAAACGACGUUAAUAUCCAAGCUUAGAGGAAAAGAAGACGAGAUUAGCAAGGGCCAUGGACUGGAGUACACAUAUCUUGAAGUUCAUGACGAAGAGAGAGACGACACCACUCGGCUCGGGGUUUGGAUAUUGGAUGGUGACCCUCUUCACAGAAGUCUUCUGCAAUACGCACUAACACCCAAAAGUGUUAUGAACACUGUUAUCGUACAAGUUGUGGAUAUUUCUAGACCGUGGACUAUUAUGGAAUCCUUGCAUUCGUGGACGGAGGUUCUGCGAGAGCAUAUUCACUCGCUGAAACUUUCACCAAAGGAUUUGAAUGAAAUGGAGGAGCGAAUUGUGCGGCAAUUUCAAGAGUAUGUGGAACCAGAUGAGUCAACUGAGGACAAAAGGAGGUCAGGAAUAAAGGAUGAGGACAAAGUUCUUCUUCCACUUGAUGAAAAUGUGCUUACAGAUAAUCUCGGUAUACCUGUGGUAGUAGUUGUCACAAAGUCGGACUGCAUGUCUGCACUUGAAAAAGACAGAGAUUACAAGGAAGAACACUUUGAUUUUAUUCAACAGCACAUAAGAAGGCACUGCCUAAAGUAUGGUGCCACCUUGUUCUACACAUCUGUCAAAGAGAAUAAGAACUGUAGUAUAUUAUACAGAUAUUUAGUUCAUCAAAUAUACGGUCUGCCAUUCAAUAGUCCUGCCCUGGUUGUGGAGAAGGAUUCAGUGUUCAUCCCAGCAGGAUGGGAUUCUAUAAAGAAAAUCAACAUUCUGAGCGAACACUUAAAAGCAAUCCAGCCUGAGGAUGCAUUUGAUGAUCACAUCGUUAAACCACAGUUGAGAAAGCCAAUACAAGACAAAGAAAUUCUUGCAGAGGACGAGCAAACAUUCCUGACAAAACAACAGCAACUGCUUCAAAAGAUGCCUGCAACAGUAGCAUCUGGUAUAGCAAGACAACAACCGGACAUUCCUAAGCCCCGUGGUCCUGGGAUGGGGAGUCCCAGUGGCAGGAUAAAUACAGACAGACGGCCUUCAGCUGGAAUGUCCCCAGGACCAAGAGGACCAAAGGUUGAAGGUGGGAAACCAGGAGCAGGCGGUGCGGCCAGUGAAGGAGUGUUGGCAAAUUUCUUCAACUCGCUCCUCAACAAGAAGAGCGGGACUGGUGCGGCCAUGGGGCGAGGCGGCACUGCCGUGAGAAGCGACGCCGCUGCCGAGUUGGAUCGCAUGAACAGAGCGAAGAAAAUGGUGCCCCAGGGCAACGCGCCCAACGACACAACGGAGUCAUCGUAGAAGGUGUAGCAAUUCCUUUAGUAACCCAUAGUAGAAUAUACAGACUGUUAUUGAGCACGCAUUGCGUGCCUGUGGAAUUUAUUUUGUAUAAAGCUAGGCUAUUAUAAUUUGUUCAGGUCCAGAUAUAAAGGUGUUCAGAAGACAAGUAGAUGAGAUGUAUACGAUACAAAGAUAUGUCGGGGGAAUAGUCAGUAGCCAAGAGGAAAGCCGUGGUAUGUGAUCGAUCGAUCGUCGGAAGCUUUAAGAGAAAACGUAAAAUAAUGCGAGAAAUGAACUGUAAGCUACAAUGUAGAAAGCGGCUUUCCAUGGUAACUAGCAUAAGGUUACUCGAACAGGAAUUUGUGCUGGUAUGAAAAACCUUUUCCAUUUUCCUUCGUCGUAUUUGUGAUGGUUUAUGUCAGUGUGUGCGUUGCCAUCACUCUCGUAUUGUGUACUGAUGGUUUUCUCAGCAACCCAAGAAAAUAGAAUUGGCUGAUGGCGCCGUGAGGAAACUGAGGUGUAAGGUUGCUUGACUUCGUCGGCCGUUAAAGUCAUGGUUUUGUUGUCAGCAAACGUUGAUCAGAUGAAGUAAGUAAGGCGCACGUUCGUCAAAACAAAACAAAAAAAUGGUUACUACAGUUGUUAAAUACAAUUUAAGGCCGUGUUCUUGCUGAUCUUGUCAGUGCAAUCAAGUGAACGACGGCUGUUUUUGGCAAAUCUCAGUAGAAAAACUCGGCAGAAUUUUCGUCUUUUACUAUCCUAUCAAAACAAGGCUUGAUCAGUCGCGAGUAUUCGAUAAAUUGUCUUGUCAGUAUGGCCAAAUAAGGUUACAUCAUGUUGCCUAGUAACUUCGAUGACACGCAAACCGCUGGCUCGGAUAAUUUUCAGAGAUACAAUUCCGAUUGAAUGAUGUAGCUUUGCUCUCGUGCUUGAGACGAUGAGAAAUCAAAUCAAUUCUUUCCUUGUUCUCUGUAGUUUUGUUGACCCAGUUUGUGAAGGCCGAAUUGAACGUAAACGACAGUUGCCGAAAUAGAGUUGGAUGAGGGUUUUGUUAUUCCUUUAUUUACUCUCAUCCUACUCAACAAGAUUGUGUACUCAAUGUGGCUGCACGAAGUUGUACACGCGUCCGGCUCCUUCUCGCAACACGUUGCGCAACUCAACAACGUUUUUAAAUAGCAAUGUAUUGACACUGCUGUGCGAUAAUUUGCGAGAAAAUGUUUUCCUUAGUCAUGACCUUAGGGUAAAUUGUGGACAUUUAACUGAGCAUCCCUCACGCAUCUUAAAUUUAAAUUAUUGGUCUGAGAUGUUUUUCUAUUCAUUCGGAGCUAUCUCCUGUCAGUUUCUUAACAUUUUAUACGAUCGAUAUUUUUCUGGAUCGUAAUUGUUCAGUACUAGUUUUGGGUCGGAUAAUGUUGUGUAAUUUUUCGCCGUCGUCUGCCGCAGUAAUUUGAAAUAGAAUUUUAUACCUAAAUUCCUUUAUGGACUGUUUGAAAGCGGUUAUAUUGCUCCCAGUGGAGGCUUUCGCCUCCCAGGAUACUAUAUAAUG